CGGAGGGGAUUGUGAAUGUGUGAGAAGCUUGAUCAAUCAAUGUGACUCUAUUUACUUUAUCAAGCACGAUCAGAGAAGUUUUAUCGCCGUCUACUAUUCGCAAUGCCUCCCACAACCUCCAUACCCAGAUUUCUUCUACCGCGCCGGUCUCCCCUCUGGUCUCUAUCUCCCAAAACGACCAUUCGCAAUGCUUCCUCCAAACCCAAGAACAAUGCAUCCAAACAGUCUGGCAAACCCCUCGUUCUUGAGAAGCCCACCAAAUUCAAUCCCCCUUCUCAUCCUGCCCGUAUUCGCAGAGACCCUCCUCGGUAUCCAGGUCCCCAAUUGAGCGCCGAAGAGAUAGCCAGACAGAGUGUGAAAAAAUAUCCAAAUAUGAUGCCGCCAGAAGGAACUUUUUUGCAUUGGUUUCUCAAUAACAAAUCCAUUCACAUAUGGAUUGCGCUGGUACUUCCCCGCGCCUUUUCCUUGUUUUCUUCUUCCUUGUUUUCUUCUUCCUUAAAACAUGAAUCUAACACAGAACUGCAGGGCACGCUCUCCACGCUUGCAGGAGGUGUCUGGAUAACAAACUUCAAACGCGAUUCUCCAUUCGGAGACAUGUUACCAGAGUGGCAACAACUUUUUCUUCACCCAAUAGCAUUUACAAGAACAUGUUAUGAAGUUUUACAGCUGCAUACUGCGCAUGUGACAGCAGAGACAAUGGAAAGGAGAAAGCAUAAGGUAGAGGAUGUUGCGAAAAGGGCUGCAUAUAGAAAGGCGCAUGGAUUGGAUAAAGAUGAAGGGUUUGGCGGUUGGACUGCUAAGACUGAUAAAGAGGUUAUGGGACCAGGCAUCAAGUUGGGAGAUGAGAAGGAAGCUGAGAUCGCCGGAACAGCAGCGGAGAGUCUUGGGGAGAUGAGAGAGGAAGGGGAAGGGCAAGGGGAGAAGAAAGUGGUCUAUCAGAAACAAUUUUCGGGGAAGAAAUGGCUGGGAAUUUGGUGAGAGGCGGAUGGAAAUUUUGAUACCAAUUUGUUUUGAAUUCAGGCUAGAACGUUGUUCUAGCAUCAAGUCAAAUGAGACGAGAUAUUGUACAUGUGGAAGAAGAAGGGUAUCAUUGUAGAAAAUUCCUUGUAA